AUGAAGGACAUUCCUCGCCUUCAGCAGAUCGUGAAUGUUGCGCUAUGCAAUGGGGCCAGCAUCCGGGAAAUAGUCAACAAGCUUGAAGAUGCACAUGAGGACGCAUAUUGCCCACGAGGCUAUGGGGCAAGUGACCUAGAUAUUGUGACCUUGGUUUUCUGGCUUGGUAGUAGUCAACUACUUUUCGCCCUCAACCAUAGUCUUGGUCUCCCUUCCAUAUGCACUCUUCGCACCAGGUCCACCUUCACCAAACUCACACUGACCAUUGGUCCCAUCCGCAACAAACAACUUGAUGAAAUAUUCAUUCUGUUGUGCUCAAUGAGCCUAAUGAUAGAUGAAAUAGCCCUAGAAGAAAUGGCGGUCCACUUCAGCAAGUACAACAAAGUUGUGGGCCUCUGCUGGAAACACUCCCGCCUUGUCAACCCUGUACUUCGUACUUACAAGUCUGCUGUCACCAUCACACAGAAAAUCCAUGAUAGCGAGGUGCACCUCGGAAAAGAACUUACUGUCAUCGGAGUUGCGUGUUUUGGUGAGGACAAACUCUACCCUAUUUUAGUGGCACCCAAAUGCAAGAUCGAAGGUGCUGGUGAUAUGGAAGCUACUGUUAGACCACUGUGGUCCUUUGCCAAUGACAGUGAUGCAACACAAUGUGCCGCAUGUCAUAGACUCUUUCUCAAGACACCCUUGUCAACAAACUCGCAGCUAUAUGGUGUACUUAGUAACAUGCCUGGCUUGAAUACACUGACAGGUGAUGGCAAGGUUACCCUCAACUUCGACUUCAAGCACAUCUUUCAAUGUAUUCUGUGCACACUCAUCCGCUCCCCCACAGGCAUCGUGCUCAAUAACGGUUGCGUAAUUAACACCAUGAUGCUCUCAAGGUACCUUGUAUGGUUACCCGCAUAUGACGAAGCUAGCAUUAUGAAGCUCCUCCACCCCAAUGAUCCGCAAGAUGUCCCCCGGGCCAUAGAACUCAUGCAGACCAUUCACACUAUUCUCAACAACUCAUUCUCAACUGACAUUGACACACAUGCUGACUUGGUAUCAAUCACUCUUCUCAGCAACAUCAUCGAGUCUAUCCUCGUCCCGUUCAUCAAUCCUAACCUCUCCCUCACCGAACAAGUUCACUACCUCAGCCGCUAUGCCCACCUCACAUUCACCAUCUUCCGUGUUCACCAACAUUCAUUCAUGCCAUUCCAGCUAUACUACAACACUCAGACAGCCAUCAAGAACAUCAUAUUCACAAUCACAAAGCAGCAAGUUCUUGAUCUGUACACAUCAUUCUUCCUUGGCUGUUCAUAUGCCCAGGCCAUUGAUCGCCUAGGUGCUGCCAAGGACAUAGAUGGUCAUCUCAGCCUCAGCAAGUGGAUUGGUGAUAUCAUUAGCGGCCGCUGUGAUCUUCCAUCAGUGUGGCAACAUGGGCAUGAGAUGGCAGUCACUAUUCUGACUUCUUCUCAGAUCAAUCACAUCAAUUAUUCUUACACUGAGCUCUCCUGUGAUCCCAGAACAGAUAUGAUAUGUUACUACUUCGGCAUCACAGACGAGGAGCGGGAGGACUCCAGUUGA